GAAGGAGCUAGUUAUAAUAAAUAUUUUUUUAUUAUAGCUCAAGCCAUUCCUAAUGGUGAUGCUUUGCAACCUACUGCAUACCCUAGUCUUCAGCCUUAUCCUGGUAUUCCCGCCUAUCCUGCUGCAUAUGGUCAGUUUGCUCAAGCUCUGACCCAACAGCCAACAGUUGUACCACAGACACAAAGGGAAGGACCUGAAGGAUGUAAUUUAUUCAUCUAUCAUUUACCUCAAGAAUUUGGUGAUGCUGAACUGAUGCAAAUGUUCAUGCCAUUUGGAAAUGUCAUCAGUGCUAAAGUCUUCAUAGAUCGUGCCACUAAUCAGAGUAAAUGUUUUGGGUUUGUAAGUUUUGACAACCCAGCUAGUGCCCAAGCUGCUAUACAAGCCAUGAAUGGGUUUCAAAUAGGGAUGAAGCGCCUCAAAGUGCAGCUGAAACGCCCCAAAGAUGCCAACAGACCGUAUUAAUAUUCCCCACCAAAAGUGGUGAAUUGUUAAGAAACCACAGAAUAAGUGGACAAUGGGGAACAAGUUCAUGCCUUGAGUUACCAGCUACAGAGAUAUUAAACCCCAAUUAUCCAUUGCCUUGUCUAGUUGCAAGGAUAAGACCCAUAAACCUGAGCUUUAUUCCAGAAUAUUUAUUGAACUUGUUGUGUAGAUAUUCCAAAUAGUUAAGAAGCUCCAGCACUUUAUUAUUAUUAUUAUUCCAGAUAUUACUUUUUGCUAAUGUCAUUUGAACAUUCUGUUAAAACCAUUUUAUGACUCAUAGGUUUUAUGACUUUUGCACUACAUCUUCCCCAUGUGAUUUUUGAAUGUGGUCUGGCAGGUUUUGUAAAAAGUUAGAAAUGAUAGAUGAAUUGCAUAAGCAUUUUUGUGCUUAGAAAAAUAUAGAGAUAUUCCUGCUGAUAUGACCUCAGUAAUAAGUGCCAGAUCCAGAGCCUUCCAUUUAUGGGAUUGAGCCUACUGGCAGCCUUUCGGUUCUAGUUUUGACUAGAAUAAUUAUGUGCAUAUCUCCUGCCAGCAUUUUAUGUUUUAAAAACUAAGUAGGAGAUAAUUGCACUGAUUUAACUGUUACAUAAAGUUUGAGAAUAUAAUAGCAUUUGAGUUUUGUUGCAUGUUAACUUGAUCAAAGUUAUCUCUCAAGAAACAGCCAAAAAAAGAAGAAAAAGAAAACACUGUGCUAGACAGUGUCUGUACAGAAAUUGCCAUGUAUAUAUAUAUAUAUAUAUAUAAAUUGUCGGUCUUUCUCUCCAUUUAGAAAAGUACUUUUCUUUCAAUGCAUUCUGCAAUAUUUCUAAUAUAGCCAUUUUUCAUUGAAGAAUUAUAUAUAAUGAAAAAAUGAAAUUUCCAUAAUUAACAAUUGAUGACAUUGAAAAUAUAAAGUAAGAGCUGGUAUGAUCACUUUGUUUAGCAAACUAUUUGAUGAUCAUAUAGGUCCUUAAAUUAGCAGAUUUUCAGCUUUUCAUCUGAAAAUUUUGCAGUUUGUCUUAAUUAUCCUCACAUUAUAGGAAAAAUAUAAUGUAAUUAUUAAAGCCCUUCCAUUAAAAUAACAUAUAUGCAUUAAAAUAACAUAUGCAUUAACAUCAGGCACUUUAUAAAUAUUAGUUUAGGCUAUUUAUUUAUAAGUGAAUAGAAAUAAUUUAUUCCAAUUUGAAUUUUUAGAAAACAUUUUCCUCUGUAGUUCUUAUUUAAUUUUAUACCAUUUCAAGAAAUUGUCCUUAUAACUUUGCACUGGCUAACUCAUCAUCUUUGUAUGUUCAACAGUAAUUAAGAAAUUUAAGAAAAUUUAAUUCUUCAGGCAAGAUAGUAGAAUAUUUUGUGGUGACCAAGGCAUGCACUAUGAAUAUAUUCAUGAAAAGAAAAAUGCAUCUGAAUCAGAAAUGCCAAAUCACAAUAUGUUUCUAUUAGUUAUUAUUUAAAAUUUCCAUCACCUAAGAAAUCAAGCAACAGCUGGUUGCUUGAAAAAAAAAUCAAUAUUUGAGUAUUAUUAGCCAACUGUACUUAUUACAGCUUGACUACUACAGUAUUACUGUACUUUUAACGAGCUUAACUACCCAGUAUGUAUACAUAGUGAACAAUACAUGGUGAAAUUUACUAGGAAUGCUUUAAUGGUAUGUAGUAUCCAGAAUACUAUUUUUACCCGAGCAAGAUAGAGCAAAUUGCUGCCUCCUUUGUGAUUUAUUUUGUGAAAUUUCCUUGAACACACUUUCUGUAGUGUGUGGUGUCCUAAUUGUGUCUUGACAAUGGAUCUUGCCAGAGAUGACAUAUUUUCGACAUCACCAAUUGUAUAAAUGAAAAGAAAAUUUAGUCUACGAAGUAGCCAACUGCAUUAAAGAAGAUGUUAACAUUCCACUACCUACGUACUUAACCACCCUCUGUCAUUUUGUUCCAUGUUUGUGCAAUGUUUGUCAGCAUUAUUAUUUGUUACAUUCAAGUCCAUAAACCUGCCACCAUUCACUCAAUAGCAGGUAUGGAAGAAAGGGAAAUUUAAAUUUUAAGUUAAAGGUUUUGCAGUUCAAUGCUCACUUUAAGAAUGGUUAUAUAUAUAUAUAAAUAUAAAUAUAUAUAGCUCAGUAUGAUAUCUGAGAUUGAUUUAGAAGCAUUUGCUGACUUUCGUAGACUGUUACUACCCAUAUUGAAGGGGGUUUAAACAAAACAGCACAUUUUAAAAAAAAAUGUUUUCUACACUGAAAUUGUGUAAUAUUGACUACAAUGUUGUGCUUGUACAGGUCUUGUAGUUGCAAUGAGAUCUUCAUAUAUACUGUAUUAUAAUAAAUGUGUCCAACUUCCAAAUAGUUCUUUUUGGAUAAUAAAUAAAUAAAUAAAAAUCUCGAAAAAUAAUAAGCUGAAAUUUUUCAAAAAGGCUUUUGUAUAUUUGAAUUAUUGGAAUUUAAUUUGCUAAUAUAUAUUUGGUUUCAAUGUAAAGAAGAUCUCAGGGCAUACACAAGGCAUAGUUUCAGCUCAUAAGUGAGAUAAGAAAAUGGAACAUUUAAGAAUGUUUUUAUAAUCUACAUUAAAUUUAGUAGUGUGUCAUCCUCAUUGAAAGAUAUGGGUUGAUUGAGAUCUUUAUCAAGUGCUUCAAACUGGAUGCCAACUCGAUAAAUGAAGAGUUACAAUUGAGCUGAAGGGAUACCAAGUUGGAUCCGUCGCAUUUAAAUUCUGCUUAUCCACGUUAAAAGAAUUUUGUACAUAGACUUAAGAGAAUACUUAUUUCUAAUUAUUCUGUAGCAUAAUUUCUGCACAUAUUACAUUUUCGGCUAACAAUACAAGCGAAGUUCAAUUUAAAUAUCUUAAGUUAUAUAAAUAUAGCUCCUAUUUAAAAAGUUAGUCAUGCCAUCUUAGGGGAAAAAGCACAUCAAGAUAAUUAGAUCGCGAGAAAUUAUAUACUUACCUCGGUUUAGGAAAAAUAUUUAGGUCACAAUAACGUAGUUUUAUGCUAAUAUUUCAUCCUUAGAUGAAUCAUAAUCGAUAGAAAGCGAACUGGAGAAUUGGUGACCAAAUUAGUCCAUACUUAUCAUCUCAGUUAUUACAUACUUUCUAUAAUCUUAGUGCUCACAAGAAACGUGAUUUUGAGAAAAACGUUUUAUAAAUCGUACUUUGUAUAUCACCCUAUCAAAUAAUACCAUCCUUUAUUUGAAACCAUAAAAAAUUAACGGUUUAUUCGUAUGUUUAUAUCAGCUCGGAAAUUGUUUUGGAAACUACAAAAAAAAUAACUAAUGCAUGGAAAUGGAUUGGUAAAUCCUAAAUACUAUGUAAAGUAUCCAUAAAAGAAAUAUUUGUAAUGACUGCAUCAUCUACACUUUCAUCAUCAUUGUUUUUUUUUUAAUUACCGUGGACUGGUUACGGUUCAAACUGUUCUCCAGCUCGUGGUAGGAAUGGAGUAGUAGUUUAAAUAAUCAUUAACCAUGAGUCGUAUUUGUAUAAGAAUGAAUAAUGUUGUAAAAUAUUUAAAAAAAAAUCACGGCAUCCGUUUGCGAUGGUUGAUACCACUUAUUAUAAAAGUUAUUACUGAUGAUAAAAUAAAUUUUUAAAUACUGUUCUAGUUUAUGAUUUUUGAUAUAUGUUGUAUCUAUAAAACUGAGCUUGUGCACAUAGAUACUGUAUUUAUUUUCGAUGUGUUUUGAUAAGGGUAUGAAUUGUAUCCUUAAUGUUGACUAGAUUAAUACCGAAGUAAAGUAUUAUAAACAGUGUUAAAAGACGUGCAAAAAGAAGACAUUUUUGUAAUGUUAUUUAUUUAUUUAUUUAUUGAAUUUUGUCUCCUUUUUUAAUGUCUUUUCCAAAGUUUCUUAUUAUAAGUACCUGAUUCGGGCAGUGAUGUAUCUUAUCGGAGAUUAAAAUGGUACAAGAGAAGCCUGAAUAGCGUACCAUGUACAUAGCAUAUCAAACAAUUUAGCAGAUGUAGAUCGGCAUUCUGCUGCUGUUUUGCGAACUAGAUUCAAUUUUAACUGAGAAAAUUACGUUGAUAUUUUGUUUCUGUUUAAGAAAAAGUCCAUUCUUCCUUUUUCUCAAGAAAUUUACUUUUGUGUGCAUGAAAAUGGCCUUUUUGAAAUCGAAUCCGCUCGACAACCUCUGCUCGAGAGUGGAACACAGCAGAAUGCCUGAUAGGUCCUUCUACAAAACUUGUGAUUAAAAAAUAAAAAUCCAGUUGGAAGAAUUUCACAAAUUGAAAUUGGUAAACACAUGGACACUGUAUUUAGCAUAUUCUGUCAGAUUCGUUAUAUCAUUCUUGUACCGUAAUGUUUAUCUUCUAAGGAAUAAAACUGCAGCCUUGGAAUACAAA